AGCCUCCGCGUGUUCGGAGCUUCUGCAGACCGGUAGCUGCACGGCUGCCGGUGGCGCAAGUGGAGGCUCGUCGUCUCAUCUGGGCGGCGGAAUACCAAACGAUGCGACAGACGCUUCGUCUGCUGCCGCGGCAAUUCUUUCAUCCUCCGCCGCUGCAGAAGAAGCAGAGGGCUUACCGUCCUCCGGCGUGGGUACCGCUGUCCCGGCGAAGAAUAUUGGCACAUCUAGUACAACCCACACGGGAGGCAAUAAUCAGCAUAAUUUUGGUCGCGCUCCAUUUCCUACUUCCGCCGCCGCAGGAGGCAAUGCGCAAGCUCCUGGGCUGCAACAUCACCACCACCAGCAAGCUGGAGCUGGACCGCCGACGACACAUUACACCAUCACCCCGAGCGGCGAGUUGAUUCAGACGGUCUCUCCUGGAGCGGGAGCUGCGCCGCAUAUGGCCUCGCCUCCGACAAUGAAUAUUACUUCGCAGCCCGCAGGCACUGUACCUCCGGCGCACCAACGACUGCAGCAACACCAACAGCAGAAUCCCGUCGGAGCCCCCGGAGGUGGAGCAGCAAGUGGUGGCACAGCCGGUGGACGACUCAACGAAGCCCAAGUUGUUCCCUAUCAACACGGCACUUCUGGUACGACUACGACUGCAGUUUCAGUUAAUCAGCAGUUCGUAUUACAGUGAAAAAUGCCCCCACCGCCAAAGUUGCAAGAAUUUGUGAUGCGAAGUUUCCAAAUGAAAACUUUUUGUCAUGCAUAAAAGGAGAAGUAUGAGUCUUGUUUAGCUUUGUCUUUCUGAUGCCGAGUCUAGGCGCAGUUCGCAUCGCUUGCAUGACAAGCGCCGCUGUUGCGGGGAUCUUUUGCAAUACAAAUUUUUGCUAUUCACGAUUGGAGAUCUGUGACGCUGAUAGAUGCAAGAGGGCGGGCGUUUCAUUUGGAAAGGUUUGCAACACAAAUGCUCCCAAGUUCGGGGGUGGGGGCAUUUUUCAUUGUAAUAGUUCGCGCCAGCACGACCGGCCCCAUCCUCGACGUCGACUUUCCCGACUUUUCAGGCCGGCUCUACACAGCAAUCGCACAAUGUAGUUUUCCCGCCGAACAACCAUCAGCAACCGCAGCAGCAGCAGCUCCUGGUACACCAGCAGCAGCCUGCUAUUGGUGGUGUUGGUACAACGAGUACGACCAUCGCGGCAAACACUAACGUGGAUCCAAAUUCUACUUGUUCUAUCAUGAACAACACCAUUGUCAGCGACCGGCAGCAAGCUCAAGCUGCUGGGCAGCAGAUCAUGAAGGACAUUGAGUCUUCGUCAGACUCUCUGUCGGACGUGGAGGAGAUUUCCGCCCACGAGAUGAUGAACUCCGCUUCGGCAUCCGCGGUCGUCGGGACUCUCCUCGGAAUCACACCUGCUACAACUGCUGAAAGUGGUGUUGGUACGUCUAGCAGUACGGGUGGGCCAGCAUCAACUGCCGCAUCAUCUGUUGGCGGGACGUUAAACAACGGAGGUUUGUCUGCAGCGGGUGGAACUACUGCCGCGGCUGGCAGCGCAACUUCUACCUCCAGCAAUGGCGCUUGUUCAUUGACCAACUCACUCCUCGCGAAAGCCGGAAGCAUCACCUCUGCCGGGGCGGGUGGAGUAGCUGGUGGGGAGAAUCAAGGUGGAAAUCCAGGUGGGAAUCUGCUUCCGGCGCCGCAGCCAGGCGGGGCUGCUGCUCCGCCGGGUGGACAACUAGCCAUGCAGCAGCAGGCUGGAGGUGGGAAGAUUUUUUUCUUUCUGGAUCCGAGUGGUCGAUAAAUUUUUUGUGUAGAUAUCGUGCGCCAAUAAGUAGACAUUGAUAUAAUCACCCUGAAAUGCAGGGAUAUAGUAUGUAAGGAAGUAUAAGUAAUUGAACCAUGAACAAAAUGGAAUUGACAGGUCCUGCCGCCAAGGGGUCACAGGUGUAUGGCUACUUCAAUAAUCACCAACAGCAGGGACAACAACCGCAGAAUCCUCCGCCAGUUUCCGGUGGCGGAAAGCAGCCGCAUCAUACCCCGGGGCUAGGUUACAAAGGUAUACUGUACUUGUGGUGCUGGUGGCCAGACAAGGAUGCAAUUCAUGAUGUACAUGAGUUUCAGUUGGUUGAAGGUACAAAAACAAGAAAGUCAAAUCUGAAGUUUGUGCUUUGUUCACCGAAUUCGAAGAACGAGGACGGCCAGCAAGCUCUUCCCUGUCUGCCUUCAUGAUGCCUAUCGAAAACUGUGUGUUAUCCAACUUAUUUUCUGAACUUUUUUUCUCACGACACGAUCUAAUCAACGCACAGCCACAAGACAAAGUUUUUGACCAUAAAAAUCGACACAUCCACCAGGUGGCCCCGCAAAUAACUCAAAUCCCGGAGGCAAGUACGGGCCUUCUUACCACCUGAUCCCGGGGAUGAACGAGCACCAAGCGCAGUUUGGCGGAAAGCAACACGGUGGUGACCCAAAUCAGCAGUACCUUGUUGGGCAACCGCCGGCGUGGCAGCAUGGGGGGAAACAGAUCGGCGGAAAGCCGAUCGGCAACACUAAUAACCCGCAUCAAAUGGUUCUUAAUAUGACGGGCAGUCCGGAGCACUCUGGCGUUGGACAUGCUGACACUCCGCAACAGUUGGGGCCCGGAGGGAGUGCCCAGAGUCCCAGCGAGCAGAGCACCUUCAAUCCAAAUGCACCCCCGGUUAUCGAUACCGCUGGGGGGGAGCAGCUGGGCCAGUAAGAUUCUACAUGAUCAUCUUUCUCAAUGAGGGAGCGAGGACUUCUUCUUGUGGCAGACUCGUCUUCAAUUGAAGGCAUGAGCACGAAAAAUAGUAGCACCUAAAUCUAAUUCUUGUUCCUGCGACAAAACAGGUCCCACCACAACGCCACUGCACCCCACAACCCGCAGCAGCAGCAAGGACAAGGCGGAACACCGCCCAAGCCGAACAGUGCCGCAGCUCCACGUGGUCAUCAGAAGCUGAAACGGGGAAAAGCAAGCGCUGCCGGCGGCAACCCAAACAGUGCCUUGGCUGGCACCGGAAACAACCGGCAAGACAAAGACGGGAGCAAGGGCGGGGACCAGAAGGGAAAGGCGGGAGGUGCUGGAGGACAGCAGCAUGUGCACGGCCAUGGUGCAGCACAUGCGCAGGCGAUUGCAGGUACACCCAUAAGCAGUCUGCCAUUUAUGUUUAUCAUGUAACUUGCGGGCUCAGGUUGUUCGGUGGUCUAGCGAAGUUCAGAUUUCCAUUUCAGUUUCUAGGUCGACAAAAAUAUUUGAUUUCGGCGAUCUGCAUCUGAAGUGCAUCUCAUCUUCAUGCGCAUCAUGCAACCGCCGGAGCUUCUAUUUCUACGACCAAGAACGUAUUCCUUGAAGAAGUAGAAAUUGCAUAAAUUACCUCAAUUACAUUUGAAGUUGAUGUUGAUGAAGUACACAUGAUACCUCGAUCGUUGUUCAUACGUUUCAUGCAUUCGUGAAUAGUACAACAGGCUAUCACCCCGGUGCAGCUGCUUACCACCCGUACCACACCGCGCCGGGUGCAGCUGGCGGACCGCCACCCGGAGCGAUGCACUACCAUCCGCACGCACUUCCGCCGCACGCGUACCCCCACGGGGCGGCGACUUAUUACAAUCCGCACAUGCUACCUCCCAACGCGGUGGUACCGGGCGCAGCCGGAUACGCCUACCCGGGGAAGGGUGGACCGAUGAUGAGUCCGCCGGGCGGGCCGCAGUACUACCACCAGUAUGGAGCACCGGCUGGUGGGGCCGUGCCCGGCGCGGCGGGCGGAUACGUCGCGCAGAACAAUCCACACGCAGGCUUGGUGCAGGGAGGAGGGGCUGGAGCAGCAGCACAGCCACCCGGCCAGGGGGGAGUCAAGGUCCAGAAAGUGCUUUUUCGUUGGAUGCUGUGUUUUUCUUGAAAAUAUCAUGCCUAUGCGACAAGCUUUAGGUUGUUGGUCGUUGAGUACUUCAUCGAGUGUUCUUACGUACCCCCUGCAUCUUCAUGUCAUGAAGUGUAAAUGUUAAAAGUUGAACACUGCUAUGCAGGGCGCUGGCGGUUGGGCGGGCCGCACGGUGAUGGGAGCUAAUCCGUACGACCAACUACGGGCACAGUAUGAAGGUGAAGUGAGUGAUCUUGUUCUUGGGGGGUGGCGCUGCUAGCACCAAAGAAAAACGUCGAUUGUAGUCAUGCAACGAUCCGGAUUGGUCUACUUACCAUGCAGUAAGUGACAUUGUUGGACUUGAUGUAGUUAAUAUAAUACGGGAAGCCGACCAUGAUCAAAAGCAAACUCAAAAAUCGCUCCCGACCACACGAAGAUAGAAGUCGAGUGGUUUUUCCUGUGUUUUUCGCAAGACAUCCGCAUGAAAACUGAGCGCGACAACUUUCUCUGGUAGCAGCAGACCUCAUUCAAGAAAGACACCCGCUUCAUCCCCUCUACACGCAGCAGCAGCUCCAGUAUGCAGCCCAGCAGCAGGUUUUUGAGGAGGCCGCGGAGCAGGAACGCCGGCGCGCGGAGAAGAGGGCGCGCAAGGAGGAGCGAAAACGGCUGAAAAAGAAAAAAAAGCUCGAAGAGCAAGAGUCGGAAGAGGAAGAGGCGAGCAAGGACAAAGAAAUGGCAGCGACUGGGAGCACAGGGAGUAAUGCUCCUGCGGGAGCGACGAAUUCCAAAAACGAGGACGAGACAGCAGCGGAUGCUGACAAUGAUGACGACGAGCAGGAAUUUAUCACAAGCAAAACCAAGAAACAAGCUACAACAUCAGCCCCAUCGGGGACAAGCCACGUCACGACCACCGCGGACGAGCACCAAGUACUGGAGCUGCCAGCAGGAGGAGCUAAAAAUUUGUUGGCUGGUGCAGAUCAUGAAACGACGACGAGAGCUGGUGAAGAAAUCGGAAAGGACACCACGUACAAGCCGUCUAAAGAAAAACACCCGGCUGCUGGGCAUGUGCAAGAUGGCAAGAAGAAAAGCAAAGAAGUUGUAAGAACCUCACACGAGGACGACCCUAGUGCAACUCGAGGUCGAGAGAUGACCACUGAGCAAACCAUUACCAAAACAACAGGCGUGGAGGAGGAGGACGACGAUGGAACAAGCGCCGACCAGGUGGAACAAAGUGCCGUGGAUGAAGUUGAGAACAAAAAUCACAGUUCUGGGAAGCAGCAGGGAACAAAGCAACCACAGCAACAAGCAGAAUCACAAUCUGAAGGGUCCUCGCUGGUUACAAGUACGAACCCGUCCUCCGCUGCUGCAGGAACUACAGAGCCGACUUGUUUCACCCAGCAACAAAAGUCAAAAAAGCAUUCGUCGCGCCUUCCGCGUGCCGCGACUGAGCAAGAGGAUCGCACUAAACUUCUUUCCACAACAUCUUCGGGAGGUGGUAACAAUGGCAUGGUACUAGAUGUGGACGACGUGGAGCUCGAGAUUGUCGAACAAAAUCCCGCAUCAGCACGGCAAAAGCAGAAGAUUCUGGCAGGAGAAAAACUUUCGAACGACAAACAGGUGAAAAAGCGAGGGAGUAAAGACAGAAAAGCGAAGACUGAUUAUCAAAAUGAAAAAUCCCCCCUCCCCAUACCGAAACGGCAUGACUCCGAAAAUUUGUGUUGCUGAUUUGAGACCACAAAUCACGCCUGUCUUGCAAGAAGACAAACGCAGAGGCUUCCGGGCCAUUAUGGAAGCGAUUUGGCAUGCUGUUGGGCCUAGGGGACAGCCGUCUGCAAUGCUAAAUAGCUAGACCCAAACGCCCCCACCUAGGCUGAGGAUCUCGCUGCGAUGCCUUAUUGCAAGACAGCGCGCAUUUGUGUACGGAAAUCCCGCAUCAGAAACUUCGUCUCCAUAUGGGGAGGGGGUAUUUUUCCUUGCAAUACUGAUCUUGGCGGAACUGCGGCUGUUGCUGCUCCGAGCGAGGGUGAGGCAACAGCUGCUAUACAAAACAAAAGGAAGGAUGACGCUCGUGGUCCAAUUUCAGCGCGUGGCCGAGCCGGACAACAAGACCAGCACCAGACGAGGCGCACUGGAGAUGGGACUACUGCGGGAAAUAAACAAGCUGAAGCUGCAGCUUCAUCUUCCGAUCCAACCGCCGUCGAGGUGGCGCAAAACAGAAACAAGAAGAUGGGUACCCAGCAGCGAAACAAAGCACGCGCUGCGGGUGCGUCUUCAUCUGGAACUACAGGAACAACCGGACACCACUCUCAGAAGCAAAAUCAGAAACGGAGGACGAAGCAGCAGCCGCCGAUGGCGAACGUUAGUGAACCCACUGCAACCUCCGGCGGGGGAUGUAACGACCGAGGACCAGAAGCUGUUGACGCGAACAAGAGUGCGGCCGUCGCUGCCUCGGGCAGUAGAAAGCAAGGCAAAACCGUUACGCGGCGGACAGGCCGAGAUCAAGAGCAUUACGAUGAACACCAGCAUCAAGAGCGUGAGGUCGCUGAAGCUCAGGUGGACGAGGAGGACGCCGCCAGCGCGACCUCAAAGCACCAGGUGGCUGGUGCAGCGCGAGGUGACCUUACCACUUCUACCGCAGGAACUACAAGAAGAAAGACACGAAAGGUCCCGAACUUGGCUGAUGAGCAGCACCAGCAGCAGUAUUUGCAGCAAAGCCGUGGUCGCAAAGUGAAAGAGCAACAGGCCACCCUCGGAGGUUACCCGGACCAGCAGCGAGAGGGGAGAGAGCGGAAGAGUUCUCUUCAUGAUGAUGAAGACCAGCUCCAGGAGCAAUUAGAUCGGCAAGAAACUGAUGAACGGGCAGUAAGAGAGGAAUAUCGUCGAGGACGGGCCAUCGAACGGAAGCAAGACGCUACUUUUGAUGACCAGGAGGCUUCGGAGGUGCACCGGUCGCUCCGCUCCAGGGACGGGAGUAAGAGGGGUCGUGGUGACACAAGUGAUUACGUUGAAGACCAUGAUGCCGAUCAUGGUCUCGUCCCACUGGAUUCGCGAAAUGGAGAGCCGUGUUCUGCUGCUGAUGGAGCGGCCGCCCUUUUGGAAGGUAACCCAGACAGGCCUGAUGUGGUUGUUGAUGGCAAAAAUGUCGAAGAUUUCUUGGACGAGGCAGAGAAGAGCCGAAAGUCGUCCAAGGCAAAAAAAGCCCGUCGAGGACGAGAUGAAGAUAAAAGCGCUGGUAAUUAUCAGCAGCAGCAGCAAGACUUCGAGCACCGGUCUCUGGAUGACCUACAGGGUGGUGGUGCACGUAUGAAUGAGCGUCAAGAUAAAGAAGGACAAGAGCUUCGUAAUGAUGACGCCGUCAAGCGGAACAAGCACGAGAGUCCUGCAAGAACUUCGCAGCAGCAUCACAGUGAAGAUGCUCCGGUGGCUGCAUCAGGACGAGCUACUUCCACAUCAGUGGCACCUUCUCGUGGUGAACAAGUAGAACCAACAGCCAGCAGCAGCAACCCCAAGAACCCAACCGAACAGGAGCGGAACAAAGGAGCAGAAAAAGAAGUGCAGCCUCGGCAGGGCGAUUCCGAUUUGACGCCGGCACAGCGCUGGAAGGUGAUGAAAGACUACGGGACGAAGCAGUACGCGAAUAACAUUUCGAAGCAGCUGCACUUGGAGAUGCUCUACCAGCGGUUCUCCGGCAUCCGCGACCUACCCGAGAAGCUGCAGGACUUUCAGACCACGGUACAGGGCUUCGAGGAGCAGAUGGUGAUCGCGGCACUCUGGUUCACUCUGACGCACAACGACAAGACCAUCAUGCACGACGUGCUACCGGACGUGGCCUCUCUGGCGCCCUUCACCCCGGGCGACGCGAAGAUCAUCGGGAACCGGCACUUGAAAAACAAAACCGAGAUCGAGCAGGGUGGUGGGGGCGGUCAUGCGGCGCAGCCCGGCGGCGCGGGAGGAGCGCAAACCCGCAGAAUGCCUCCCACUGGGUUGGUCAAUGGACCGAAGGAACGACCGACGAAUAAACGGUACACGACUUUUAAGGUCAUACAAAAAGAAAAACUUGUUCUGCAUGCUGUAAGUACAUCUGCUGACAUGACCACUGUGAAGACAGAGUAACAAAUUACAACACACAGCGCGCAUUUGAAGAUGGUAAUGUUUUUGGAAAGAAGGAGUGCCAUUGGCAUUGCUGUUGACUCCGGUACCGGCUCCACACUUUCGAGUUUUUGCAUGCAGAAGCAAGCAUUCGACUUAUCAACAGCUUGAAAGUUAGUAGUUGAUGUUAGAAAAAGACAAGCAUCAUAUUGUUCAUACUAGCGUCAUAUAUAAUUCCAAGAGCACAACAUCAACAAACAGGCCUGCCAGUCAGCAGCGCGGCGAACCGCAAGGCGGUUACGUUCCGCCGUCUUCCACAGUGCACCAACCCGGGCAACAAAGCACAAGUCAACGGGGCGGGCCUUCCAGCUCGGACCCCACAUCGAGUGGCGGCGCGAUCGUUCGACCAAAUCACGGAAGCAAGCCUCGUAGCGAUCGAGACCGUCGUGACCGUGAGAUGAUCCUACGCCCAGGGGGAAGCAAAUAUCGAGGCGGUGGUGGGCCUGCUCCUGCGGACCGCGAUCGUGACAUUCUACGGCCAAAUGGGAGCAAACAUCGAGGUGGAGGCGGGGCCGCCGACCGCGAUCGUGACCGUGAGACUUUGAGGCCCAACGGUAGCAAGCAGCGAGGCGCCGGGGCUGUUCUUGACCACCGUGACCGGGACCGCGAGAUUCCACGGCCUAAUGGUAGUAGGCAUCGAGGAGGUGGAGACCGAGACGCACCUCAUGGUACAACGACUACUUCGCGACAACAGGUUGGGGCGAGCAAGCAUCGGGGAUCCGAUAAUCAUCCUCGCGGCGGGCGCAACAUCCAAAGCACCGCGCGGGGCGCGGGACACCACCACCAGACCGAUCGGCUGGAUCGAGAUCGGGAAAAUCGCUUUCACGGACGAGGACAGAGCCGGCGUGGCGGCGGUACUACUGGCAAGAAAGACAGCCGCAAUCACCGGGAUAGAAAUGUUGGCAAUGUUAACGACAGCCGCGACAAUCAUGGCAAUGCGGCUCCUCGAGGCGGAGGUGUACUAGAUGAAAAUAUUAAUCGAGAGCAGCAAGAACGUGGUCAACAUAAUGUUCCCCGGCGGGACCAUUCCGGAGCACGAUCAGUGGCACCAGGCGUCCAUCAAAUAGCCGGGAAUAACAACUCUUCGAAUUAUACUUCCGCCGGAAACCUCUCGUUGAUCCCAGUGGUCACCGCAUCCAGUACGGGACAGCACAGGAGCGGCGGACCGAACAACGACCAUCGUGGCAUCAACAACCGAGGUCAUAGCCAUCGGACGAAUCGGGGUCACAGUGUAGCCCGUGGCGGCCGAAGGAGUCCCCACGGCCGCGUCGGUGGAGGGCAGAGCUCGGCGCGCGGGCGCCGCAGUUCGAUGUCGAUGGCGGGGGGAAGUUGCAAUAACCACGGCCGCGGUGGGAACAAUCAGCAUGAUCGCACCAACAUUCGGGACCGACCCGGGCCGCUCACAAACAUGAUGCGGAAUACCGAGCGGGCGAACGCGGGAGUAGAUCUGCUGGACCGAGAGGCGCAACUCCUACGAAUAAACAACAACAUCAGUGGGCGCGAUGGAGCUGCUGGUGUACUAGGUGGUGCGCCUCCAAGGGAGCAACAGCGCAGCCAAAACAAGCGCAGGCACAACGACGACAGAGGGGGAGCUCCUACUACGGGUGGUCCAGCGGCGAAAAUUCGGCGUAAGGAGAACAACCACGGGGGCCAGCAGCCAGGUUCGUUACCGCAAUCCCGCCAAGGCUCGCCGGCGGGGAGAACGGCCCGAUCCGGUGGGGGCGAGCGUCGGGGCUGCUCUCCGGGCGGGGGUGGCAGUCGCGUCGACUAUCCGCAUUUGCAGACCGCUGCUGGCGGCUCACACCGGUCGGGGGGAAUGAAUCCAGCCGCGAAUAGUGGAAACCGAGAGAGGAACGGAGGAGGAGGAGGUAACUACAACGGGCAAAAUCGCGGCAGAGGCGGACCGAUGAAAAAAUGAAGAGGAGCAGGCUUUUGGUUUUCUAGAACUGCGUGUAAUUUAGAAGAAGCAGUAUAAUGGCACAAAAUCAAAUUGAAGGAGGGUAAGUAGUAAAGAAGUAAGUGCCCUGUGGCUGUGGCCGCGUGUUCAUGAUGCAAUGAAGAUUACUUUGUUGUUGAGUAGCCACUGCUUCUGCAUAAACGCUGGAUGAUGUUCAUACAGCGAAUGCGACUACAUGCAAAUAAUUUAGCUCCUGGAGUUACACUUGAAGUUGUAUUCGUACCUCGAUUCCAUAUGCAACGUUGUUGUAAUCUUUAUCUUUGUCUUUGCUCUCUUUCUUUAGGAGUCGUCAUCUGUUAUUUAGUUCUUAGGCAAAUAAAAAAGAAACAGAGCGACUCCAUCUGCACCAAUUGUUUAAGUUGUUGCUAGCACGACCCCAUGAUCUGUAACUCUAUGGUUGUAUCAUGAGCAUGACCGGAGGAAGGUUUUUUUGAUUGAGCUUUGCACGACACGGCGAGGCUCAUGACCAACGUCAAAAUGUACGAACACAACAUCUGCGAAAUAUAAACAACAAAAAAAAGUAGCCAAAAAUGAAGACAAAGACUGCAGUAGCUAGGGUAGUACUUCCAUUUCUUUUUCUCAUAGCAUUUUGAUGGAUUCACUGUGACUGAGUUGUACUGCUGCAUUUGGCGCCGUCAACGCGGAGGGGAAAUUUUCGCUUGACAUGUCAUCGCCGCGCAGAGGGAAACUCAGUUGCACUUGCAUCGAUUGCUUUGAUGUACUUACUCAAGUUAUUGCCGAGUAUGAUCUAGCUGUAGGUAAAUUUGAUACUAGCUCCGGUAAAAAUAGCACGACUACUUCCACUAACUUACUAGCUUUCCCAAAAGUAAAAAACUAUUUAAAAACUUUUUCAAACAGAAACUUGAAACCCGCGAGCGACAACUAAGAACGUAGAAGAACUGAUAAACUUUCAAUUUUGCACCGACUCUCUACAAGCAAAGAGAGGCUAUGACUACCCAUAAUAGGAAGUAUUUAGAUUUACAUUUAUCCCAACGACCGUUGUACCACAUCUUCACACUGACAUGAUUUAUCAAUUUUUUACUUUCGAUUUUUACAAACAUAUCUUUCUUGUUUUGGUUCUACUUCUACUACGUCUGUCUCCUCACCUUGUCGGGAGUACAGUACUAGAAGUUUAUCUACAAAGUGCAGUUGCAGUUUCCUUUUUUCCCUGGCCCGGGCGCUUGUAUCAUCCGGAAAAACAGUGAAUUAGUCGAUUUUGGGAGUACGAAUAUUGAUAUUCUCCAGCAGUAGGAUUUCUUUUGACAGUGUAACCGUAAGUAUGCAAUGUAUUAAGGCGAGAUGAAGUAAGUAGUACGAGCAUCAUCAGCGAAAACGAUCGGUAAUUUCGAUUUUGCCAUGUUAUAGUAAUCGACAGUCGAUUGUCAUUGUUGACCACGAGAUGAAUCCUUGCAAAAGUAUGAGUAGCGACAAAUUGCGACAACGUUCUUUCUUGAGACCAUCGAUUGAGGCGACAGAAAAUGGAAAAGUGCACGAGGCGAAACUCUUGCGGUCGUGAAUCGAAAUCGUUUUCACAUGACCUUCGAGAUAGUAUUAUCGAUUUCGAAG